GGGGGCGGCCUUCCCUUCCACGUGAGCAAGCCCCUGUCACGUGACACAAAUCCACUCCACGUGGUGGCUUCCCCAGGCCUCCUUGUGCGCGAGCCUGGCAGGUCCUUCCUUUGUCUCUGGGGAGAUCCGGGAUCUUGGUGCGGAGACGCUGCUGCUCCGGAGUGUCCGGCUUGCAAGGCAGAGAGGCUGCUGGCCCCUCGGGCCGGGAUCUGAGAUGCCAAAACGAGGGAAGAAGAAGGAAGAUGGAGUCGUUCCAGAAGAGAAGGCAGAGGUGGCAGAGCCAGAGCCUAAGAAGGCUAAGAAAGGCGGAGCUAAGGCUGAGAAGGAGGCCGAUGGCCCCAUCAUGUACCAGGAUCCCCCAGAAAAACUCUCAUCUCCUAACGGCAAGAAGUACACGCUGAAGGUCACCUCUUGGAAUGUUGACGGUAUCCGUGCCUGGGUCAAGAAGAAGGGCCUGGAGUGGGUGCGUGAGGAAGACCCCGACGUGCUCUGUCUGCAGGAAACAAAAUGUGCUGAGAAACAACUGCCCGCUGACAUCCGGGAGAUGGCGGAAUAUCCCCACAAGUAUUGGGCUUGUUCAGAUGACAAGGAGGGGUACAGCGGAGUGGCCCUGCUCUCCAAGGUCAAGCCCAUCCACGUCACUUAUGGUAUCGGUGAGGAGGAACAUGACAAGGAAGGGCGUGUGAUUUCGGCCGAGUUCCCCUCCCACUUCCUGGUGACCGCCUACGUGCCCAACGCCGGCCGGGGGCUGGUGCGGCUGGAGUACCGCCAACGCUGGGACAAGGCCUUCCGCUCUUACCUCCAAGGCCUGGCAGCCCGCAAGCCCCUGAUCCUGUGCGGCGACCUCAAUGUGGCUCACCAAGAAAUUGACCUCAAGAACCCCAAGGGCAACAAGAAGAACGCCGGCUUCACCCCGGAAGAGCGGGCUGGCUUCGGCCAGCUGCUGGAAGCCGGCUUCGCUGACACCUUCCGCCACCUGUACCCCGACACGCCCUAUGCCUACACCUUCUGGACCUACAUGAUGAACGCCCGGGCCAAGAACGUCGGCUGGCGGCUCGACUACUUCCUGGUGUCCAGUGGGCUGCUGGAGGGCCUGUGCGACAGCAAGAUCCGCUCCAAAGCCCUGGGAAGCGACCACUGCCCCAUCACCCUGUAUCUGGCUGUGUGAUUGGAAGGGAGGGCCACGGCAUCCUGCACAGUGGGGGGGGGGGGUGGAAAAACGAUACAUCCUGGCUGUGGGAUAGACACAACUGUGUGUGCACACCCUUACAGCAGUGGUUUGGGCUUCUGUCAUGGCAGGGAAGCCGGAUACACUGAUUGGGGUGCCAGCUUUUGACCCGAAAGAGCCAUUACUGGACUAGCCAGAUGAUAGAAACCUUUCUUAUUUUGGAAGUCUGUGUAUCCCACCCCCCCUCCUUUCCUUUGCCUGCUACAGCAAGCAAUGCCCCAUCACUCCAGAGUAGAGAGGACAGAAGGAUGAGAUACUUGGAUGGACAUUUGCACGAGAAGCCAUCCUGCCUCUUCCUUCCCCACAGCGAGUCAUGGGACUUCCGGCUCAGAAACGGGCAAACCCACACGCUGGGAUUCUCAGUGCAGGAGACCCGGGACAGAGGUAGGGGGAGGCAGGAAGCAACCGCUGAGUUUCUUGUUCCUACUUAAUGGACAUCCCUUAUUCGUGUCGCUUUGAAACACUGGAAGUCUCUAACAGCUUCCCCCCCCCCCCUUAAAGGCACUCUGCCCUAUCUAAUUUCCUGGUUUUAGGAGGCUCUGGUGCUGUAAGAAAGUUUAUCUCAGCAAAAAGCAUUAAACUUUGUUUUUAUUAAAAAA